AUGAAGACGUUUGCUUCGUUGGCUGCUGCUCUCGGUGCGGCCACGUCCAUCGCUGCGGUGAGCAUUGCCGAAAUCAAUGGGAAUAAGUUCUUGUCGCCGUUUCAAGAUAAAGACGUUACUGGUGUGACGGGUCUGGUUACGGCUGUGGCAAAGGACGGUAUUUACUUGCGGUCUACGAAGCCGGAUGAUGAUCCUGCUACCUCGGAGGGCUUGUUUGUGUAUAGCAGCACUAUUGGCGGGCAGGUUAAGAAGGGUGAUAUCAUCAGUCUGAAUGGACUGGUCAAGGAGUAUCGGUCUAACAAGGACUACAUUUAUCUGACUGAACUUACGAAGCCGUCCAAGGUGGUUGUCGUCUCGUCGGGCAACCAGGUCAAGCCGCUUGUUAUCGGCGUUGAUACCCUCCAGCCUCCGAAUAAGGAGUAUUCCAGCCUCGACAAGGGCGGUAUAUUCGGCGUUCCUAAUGCCGUUGCGACUAUUUCCGAGGCGAAUCCUGUGCUGGACCCCACGGCGUAUGGGUUGGACUUUUGGGAGAGUCUGGUAGGCGAGUUGGUUACCAUUCAGAAUGCGUACCUUGUCAGCAGGCCGAACAAGUAUGGUGAUGUGUGGGUGAGGGGGAAUUAUACCGUGACUGGUAUCAACGGCCAUGGUGGUUUGACGAUGCUCGAAGGUGAUGCCAAUCCUGAAGCCAUCGUCGUUGGAUCCCCCAUCGACGGCUCCAAGAACCCGACAGACACCAAAAUGGGCGACUACAUGGGCGACAUCACCGGCGUCGUGUACAACGGCUUCGGCACCUACCGCGUGCUCCCUCUCAACGCCAUCAAGACAAUCACCCCUUCAUCGCCCGACUUCCCAGCCGUGUCGUUCUCCUCCUCCGGCAACUGUAGGGGCAUCACCGUCGCAGACUACAACGCGGAGAACCUGGCCCCCAACUCAACACACCUCCCCAGCGUCGUCGAUCAAAUCAUCCACAAGCUGCGCACCCCAGACCUCAUCUUCCUCCAGGAAGUCCAGGACAACUCUGGUCCCACCAACGACGGCGUCACCUCCGCCAACGUCACGCUGUCAACGUUAACACAGGGCAUCGAGCAAAAGUCCGGCGUCAAGUACAGCUUCGUCGAGGUCGCCCCCGUGGACGGCCAAGACGGCGGCGAACCGGGCGGUAACAUCCGCUGCGCGUACCUCUACCGUCCUGAUGUCGUGGAGCUGCACAAGCCGAACCCGGGAAGCAGCACCGACGAGAACCAGGUCGUGGAUGGGCCGGGUAUCAAGUACAACCCCGGGAGGAUUGGGAUAACGGAUGCCAACUUCGAGGCUACGCGCAAGCCGCUCGUUGCGAUGUGGAAGCCCGUCAAGGGGACGAACAAGGUGUUUUUCACGGUGAAUGUUCAUUUCAGCAGCAAGGGCGGCUCGACGGGUUUGCAUGGUGACCCGCGUCCUCCUGUGAAUAAGGGCGUGGAGAAGCGCACCGGACAGAUGGAACUUACUGCUAAAUUCAUUGCGGACAUCCUCGCCAAGGAUCCCAAGGCGCGGAUCAUUACGGCCGGUGACUUUAACGAAUUCACGCAGGUCCAGCCGCUCAAGACGUUUACCUCCAAGUCUGGCCUUGUUGAUCUGGACGAGGUGGUUGGUCUGGCGGAGGCUGAGCGCUACACCUACCUGUUUGAUCAGAAUAGCGAGGCCUUGGACCACAUGUAUGUUAGUAAGGGGCUGGGUAAGGGUGCGCAGGUUGAGCAUCUGCAUCUGAAUACCUGGCAGGAUUUCGAGGGACAGACGUCAGACCAUGACCCGAGUGUUGCGAAGCUCAAUGUCUGUGGGUGUUAG